ACCCCCACCCCACCCCCACCCCGUCACGCGCACGCCCCACGAGGAAGAGGGAGCACCGAGCGGCGGCGGCCAUGGCGCGGUGCAGCAACGGGCUGCUGGGCCUGCUGAACGCGGGGGUGCUGGUGCUCGCCCUCGUCGUCCUCGGCGGCGGCAUCUGGCUGAGCCACCGGGCCUCCACCACCGACUGCGAGCGGUUCCUGGAGCGGCCGGUCAUCGCGCUCGGCGCCCUCCUCCUCGCGCUCUCCCUCGCGGGCCUCGCCGGCUCCCUCUGCCGCGCCUCCUGCCUCCUCUGGCUCUACCUCGUCGCGCUCUUCCUCCUCAUCGCGCUCCUCCUCGUCUUCACCGUCUUCGCCUUCGUCGUCACCAACCGCGGCGCCGGCUCCGUCGUCUCCGGCCGCGGCUACAAGGAGUACCGCCUCGGGGAGUACUCCACCUGGCUCCAGCGCCGGGUCGAGAGCGCCGACAACUGGGCCAAGAUCCGCAGCUGCCUCCGCGACGGCGGCGUCUGCCAGAGGUUCGGGGCCAGGGGGGAGUCGCUGCAGCAGUUCGUCACCAACAACCUCUCCCCGAUUCAGUCUGGAUGCUGCAAGCCCCCAACCGGGUGCAACUUCACCUACCAGAGCGAGACCGUCUGGGCCAAACCUACUGGCCUCAACUCUACCAACGACCCUGACUGCAACACGUGGUCGAAUGAUCAGAGGGCCCUCUGCUACGACUGCCAGUCAUGCAAGGCCGGCGUGCUUGCCAACCUGAAGAACGACUGGAAGAAGAUCGCCACCGUCAACAUCAUAUUCCUCAUCUUCCUCAUCAUCGUCUACUCUGUUGGGUGCUGCGCUUUCAGGAACAACAGGCGGGACAACUCGUACCCAGCCUGGAAGUGAGUGAGAUGCCUGGCGAGGCUUAGGUAAUUAGGCUGAUGUUCAGCGUUAGCAGUUGGCUCGUUGUCCUGUGUCAAGCAACACUAUCGUCUAUCCUGUAGCUCCGAUGAUGUUUGAACCGUCGAUAGUUGGUAAUGGCGCAUGCUUAGAGUCAGUCUAUUGCUUCUGUCUGCAAAUGCAUUGUUGCUCCAUGGAUUCUUGCAACUGGGAACCCCAGAGACCAUGGUCAACUUUACAGGAUCCUCCAGAAUGUACAAACUGAGAAGCUGCACUCAUUCUACUGGCCAUAGGUGCUUGCUUUGAUCUGCAUCCAUGGUAACUUUGUCUCGCUACCUCAGUUUUUAUCUUGCUCCUUUUUUCA